AUGUGCAGCGAGUCCGGCAGCCUCUCCAGCGUAGGGAACGGGAGCUGGCGAAGGGGGCGAAGGGCCUUCGAGGCGGAAAGCGACAACACGGCCGAGGGUGACUGCGAAGGAGAGGGAGAAGGGCCGAACGAGCUGAGGUGGGAGGUGGACGGGAGGCGGCAGAACCUGCGGCGAUCGCUCACAAGCGCCGGGGUCCAGACGGAGGAGAGCCAGAUGGUGCAGGACCUGCUGGAGAUGGUGUCGGAUACGCCGGUGGACCACGCGGGGCAAUGGAUACCGGUUCGGGUUCGCCGCGGCAUUCACAUCUGGACGAGCACGGUGGAAGGGUCGCCCUACUGUCGCAUUCGGGGGCGGAUGCGCUGCGAGGCGACGCCCGCCCAGCUGUUGCAACUCCUCAUCGACGACGAGAGAAUCAUGGAGUACGACCGCAUGUUCGACAGGUACGAGAUGGUGGAGAGGCCCAACGACCACACCUCCGUGCGGUGGACGUGCUACCAGGCCAUCUGGCCGACCCGACCCCGGGACUUCGUGAUCCGCAGCACCUGGGAGGAGUUCGCGGACGGAACCAUCGUAAUAGCCACGCGCUCGGUGGAGCACGAGGACUACCCGGAGACCCCGACGUUCGUCAGGGGCAAAAUGGUCACCUGCGGCUACGUCAUCUGCCCCCUCGGCGAGAGCCGUAGACAACGGCGCGCCAGUAAGUCGAUAAAGCCCUCCACCCCCCCGACGGCCAGCGGCGGCGACCCGGCGGCGGCCGGCGGGGGGGGCAGCUCGGCCGCAGCCGCCACGGCCGCCGCGGCGGGGGCGGGGUCGAGGUCCAUGGAGCUGAGGCCCAGCAGCGAGUUCACGAUGUACGCGCACACGGACCUCGGCGGUGUGUUACCGGCGAGCGUCAUCAACAAGCUCUGCAAGAAGCCGGCGUACCGGGUGCUGCGGAAGAUCCAGGACAUGAUCGCGACCGGCACGCUCGUAAAGCGCGGAGAUGACGGGAGCUCCGCAGGGGGGAGUGCCGGGGGGGGGUGGCCGCUUGCCAGGUCCGGCUUGAACAUGCCGAGAACGGAUUCCGAGGACGUGCUGGGGUCGCUGCUGGCGGAGGGGAUGCCGGACCGUGCGGCGGCCGCUAACCUUGAGAACGUGCCGGAAGGGGAGAUGGAGGGCGUUGCUUCCGGCGCGGAAACGGAGACGAUGGGCGGACACCAACGGCGAGGGUCUCACAGCAGCGGCGGCGGCGGGGCGAGCGGCGGGGGACGAAGAGGGAGCAUGUCGCAGCAGGGGCAGUUACCGCCGGCGGCGGCGCCCUCCCGAGCGCCGUCCCCGUUCCUCCCGGGGCUGUCGCGAGCGUACGCGAUCUCCGAGGCGCAGCGCAUCAUGAGGACGCUCAACAGGAUGGCCUCGGAUGAGGCCUUGGGGUGGUCUCAGCUGGGCGUGGCGGCUCACAGUGACAUGGCGCUGUACAAGAGUCCCGUCGCCGGCACCAAGAAGGUUCGGCUGGGAGCGAGCACGUGCGUGAGCGCGCUGCCGUCGGAGCUGGUGGGAAUCCUCUUGGAGAAUGCGGCCAUGCUGGGACCGGACUACAUCGUCGACAGGCAGGAGCUGCUGGAGACGUUCAGCUCCGGCGUGAACACCGGGGAAGGGCUGGCGGAUGCCGCGGCGAGGGCGGAAGGGGAAGGGCCGAAGCACGACACCGCCGUCUACUGGUUCAGCUGCACUCACAAGCGACAGCGCAUCUGCCGAGAUUUCGUUAUCCUGCGCUGCUUCCGCCCGCUGCCGGGAUCCGGCGGGGUCAUCGCCUACUCUUCUGUCGACCACCCCGGCCUACCACCGUGCCCGGACUACGUCCGCGGCAAGCUUGACGUCUCGGGGUUCGUGAUUCUGCCGAGCCCCCAAGAGGAGGGCGGCGGCAACGGCGACGACGACGGCGACGACGGGGAGGCCGCCCUCCACCACUCGGACGCUGAGCACAACCGCCGCGGCGGGCCUCGCCGAAAGAAGCGCCAGCGUUGGCGGGGAGGCAAAGGUGGAGGGGCGGCGGCGGCGGCGGCGGCGGGGCGCCGCCGCUCUCGGUCGUCUGCCUCGGCCAUCGGCGACUACGUAGACUCGGACGAGGACGAGGACGAGGCGGAGGAGGAGGGGCCGAGGAUGGGAAGGAGGGGAGGGGGGGGGAGGAGGAGGCGUACCCUGGUGAAGGGCGCGAAUGAAGGGGGGGGUGGUGGUGGUGGCGUGAGCGAGGUUACGUUCUUCACGCACCUGACGUUCAGCGCGUACCUGCCGGAUUUCCAGGAGAUGGAGGCGUGCCGGCACUUCGUCGGGCCCUUGCACAUCCUGCAGGAGCUCAAGUGGGUCGUGGAGCGCACCCUUGGGUCGUUCCAGGAGGACGACGAGGUGCUGCACCACGGGGCCCCCAGGAUGGGAGCGGGGGGCGCGGGAGGGGGGGCGGACUGGGGGCACAUCUUGCCUCGAAGGAGGUCUUCGAGGUCCGAGAGACGGUCGUCCGUGGCCGCGGAGGAGCAGGAGGCGGGGGGGGCGGGGGCGGCCCGGGUGGACACCAGCGCGGGCGAGGAAGAAACGGAGGGCGGCACGAUCGACUCUGGCUCGCUGUCGGACUCAGAGUCCGUCCCCGCUCGUGAGACAGCCAUGGUGUCGAACGCCGUGCUGCUCAGGGUUGCCGCCAGGAGGGAGGCGAUGCUGCGCGACAUGCUGGCCUUUUCGAGCGACGGGGAGUGCAUGGAUGGCCCGCAGGUGGAUUGGCGUAUCAUCAAGGACAGCGACGGCCUCAAGCUGUGGCGCGCCACGGUGCCGGGCACGGUGUGGUGCAUGAUUCGCACCCGGGCGGCGGUGACGGCGCCCCCCCGCGAGGUGCUCACGUACCUGCUGAACGACUCGUGCAUCCCGGACUACGACGAGCUGUUCGCGAAGAUCGAGGUCGUCGAAUCGAUCGACGAGACUAGUGUCUUCAAGCGAACAUCUUACAAACCCAUCUGGCCCACGGCCCCGCGGGAUUUCUCCCUGCUAUCUUCUUGGGGUACGCUUGAAGACGGCACGACCUACUUGCUCAACCGCUCGGUGGACCACCCGAUGAACCCCCCGGUAAAGGGCCACGUACGCGGGAUCGUUAUGCUAUGCGGCUUUCUGAUGGUGCCGCGAGCGCGCGAGUCCGGCGGGGGCUGCGUCAUCACCAUGAUCGUCCACACAGACCUCGGCGGCAACCUCCCGGCGACCAUCCUCAACAGGCUCUCCACCAGCAGCCCGUGGCGUCUUGUACAGCGCCUACGCUCGGCGUUCGAGAGCAGCGAUUGCCAGCCGUCGCGGGCGCAGAAGGCGGAGCAAGCAGCAGCAGCGGCGGCGGCGGCGGCGGCGGCGGUUGCCGCUGAUGGCGAGGCUUCGUGACGUAGGAGACUUGGUGGAAUCGGAUACAGUAGAGCCCCGGUUCUUGCGCAACACGUAGGGGGGGGAAUUGCUUUUGACAGAAAAAGUUGGUUUCAUUUGUGUGGUAAUUGUUGGGUGAGGUUUUCGUGUGCCCUUGAGGGUGGUAAGGGUGGGGGGGAUUCCGAGGAGCAAAGCCCACGCGUACUACAUUGCGUCCAGCAUGGAGGACACGCUUUCUUCUUUAUUCAUCGCUGACCAACAUUGUGGUAGUGGUGGUUGGCGGCAGGGAGGCAUCGGUCGUUGAUUAUGUCGUCGUCGUCGGUGUUUUUGUCUUGACAUUGAAAAACCGUUCAGGCCUCUGCUCAGAAGUCCCUUCUGACAUUCGCACCGGUUCAGCUGGCGCGAACGCCAUACUUGGACCAAAGACCAACUACCCGAAAAAGGUACACCAUUUUUUUUCCAACGGAAACAUCAGGGGACCGUUGGUGGGAGUGGAUUUCUUUCAGGAGAAGGCGCGAUGGGGGUGUCGGCGACUGCCGUGGAAGUCAGCUAAUGUCCUGCUGGCCUCGCGUGUGUUCGUUGUGGUGACGAGUGACUUCGAUUUUUUUAAACGGGCUCGUCUUGUGUCCGGUUGCGGACGGAUCUGGAGGCCUUGGCCGCUGGUUGUAAGUAAUGGUAGAGGCAGCGGUUUCACUUGUCGGUUUUGGCAAAAUGUUUGUGUGUGGGUGAUGGUUUGUUUGCACACCACGGCAGAUUUUUUAGCUGCGCGUGCAAUUUGUAUUGGUGGGUGCUGUUUAAGACGGGCAUCUGCACUCGUCUGCGACUUACAUGCGUCCAGAAAGGGUUGCCUCUUUUUUUUUUUUGUGGUUGCCCGAGGUGCUGGGGCAAGGAGAGGAGGAAGGGAGGCGACGGGGGGGGGGCGAGGCAAGGCGCUUCAUCAAUCAAUGUUCAUCAUUCUCGUUUUUGUUUUUCACUUUUAUUCGUGUGUGGCGUGCGUCAUGGGCGGUGGUACGCGCGAGGAGCGCACGUUUGCGGUGGCCCCCAACAUGGAACAACACGUUUUUGUUAAUGUCGGAUUUAAUUUGCAGCCCUGCAACCGAGAGACUAUGCUGAUCGCGUGCAAGCACCGCACCCUCUUUUUAGCGUGGGCGUCAAGAUUCCCACCGAAAGGAUAACCCAGGUCGGAACUGGCAUUUGAUUUCGCCCAGCUGUAAAUGUUUAGCUUGGGCGCGCUCGUCGUAUUUGUGUUUAGAGGAGGAGGAGGGAAGGUAUACUUUUUUGCGGGCAUUUUUUUUUCGUGGCUAAUAUUUUUUUUGCAGGAAUCCUGGCGUUAUAUAUUAUUGUCUCGCGGUUCUUGCCAGUUCUUUUGGGGGGGGGGGUCGGUUCGGGCAUUCGUUUUAUUUUUGUAUCGCAUUCGCUAAUGUUAUUCUUUGUGUACUCUAUAGUUCUACUACUACAUACAAGGCUUCGACUUGCAACGCUCAACGAAAAAAAUAGCCCACUCAUUUGUUGGUGCGCGUGUGGUACUAAUAUUUGGAUAUUUACGCGUUGUUUGUUUCUCGACGCUGUAGUUCAUGAAUCAUACCGCACUCGCUGCUGCCAUGCAUACUGCUGUCUGUACUGUGUCUUUUCGGAAGCAAAAGGGGUUUCCCCCCCGAAAAAAUACAGCCCUAGUUCGUUGCCUUGGUGGUGUGUUCGCGAGCAUCGCUCUGGUGUCUAGUUUGCCUGACAGGAGCACGCUCCCGCGCACGCACGGGCUCCUGCUAAAUUUCGCGUCUCAUAUGUAGUACUUCGAAGUGACUUUCUUUGCGAUAUGUGUUAAGGAAUAAUAUACGAUAU